AUAAUUGAAAUGGGGAAAAGAAAAUGAAAAAAAAAAAAAAGGUUUCCAUUUGAGAAAAGGAGAGCACUCGCAGGCCUCGUUUGCUUACCAUUGCUCCACACAUCCACGUGUUAAAACUCAUUCUCUGUUUUUUACUUUUAUAAAGCUCCUUUAACUAGUCAUUCUUUUACCAGUUCCUCAAUCAUCACCAUCGAUGGCCUCCAUGAGUUCUCUGAAAAUGGUUCCUUCCCUCAAACUCUCUCAUCCAUGUUCUCUCUCUCCUCUUCAAACCCAAAAACAAGUAGGUUCUAGUCUCUGUCAGUCCUUCCCAGCCAAAAUUUUAAAAUUCUCAGCUACCCCACAAGUAUAUACAACCAGAAGAAGUUCCAAGAACACCACAACCACAGCAUUCUUCUUCAAUACCUCAAAGCAGCAUCCAGAUUCUUCAAAGCCAGCUGAAGUUCAAGAACUCCAUGUUUAUGAGAUCAAUGAACGUGACAGAGGCAGUCCUGCAUACCUUAAGCUAAGCCAGAAGCCUGUUAACUCUCUUGGAGAUUUGGUGCCUUUCAGCAACAAGAUAUACUCUGGAAACUUGGAAAAGAGACUAGGGAUAACUGCAGGCUUAUGUGUGCUCAUCCAGCAUGUUCCUGAGAAAAAGGGUGACAGAUAUGAGGCCAUUUACAGCUUCUACUUUGGAGAGUAUGGUCACAUAUCAGUUCAAGGAGCUUAUCUGACAUACCAAGACACAUAUCUGGCUGCAACAGGAGGCUCCGGAAUCUUUGAAGGUGUGUCUGGUCAGGUUAAACUUAAACAACUUGUGUUCCCAUUCAAGUUGUUCUACACCUUCUACUUGAAAGGUAUUCCUGAUUUGCCAGCUGAGCUACUAGGGAAGCCUGUUGAACCAUCACCAAAUGUUGAGCCAUCUCCAGCUGCUAAGGCUGCUGAGCCUCAUGCCUCUAUACCAAAUUUCACCAACUGAUACUCCAAUUGAGCCUUUUUUUCCUCCGAAAUUUUUAAUUUUGAACCCAAAAUAAAUUUUAGAUGUUGCAUAUUUUGCUAUAUUAGUCAAUCUUCUUUGUUUGUGCUGGACUAGACGUGACUUAUGUAUUUGCUAGAAUAAAAACAUUUGUUCUGCAAAAUUAAUUUUAUAUCAGUUUUCUUUUGCGGAACUAGAUCAGACUACAUACAGGCUGACUUAGUGGUAGAACAUUCAUUGAUAUUUCAAACCUGAUUAUGAGUAGGAGGAUUUGUAGGC